AUGGGACUCCAGGACGUCCAGGCCAACUGCCACCCCCUCCAUUCGGCUUCCCCCCACCAGGAGGACCAAACGGUGCCCCGGGCAUGCCCCCUCCUCCAGGAGCAAAGGGUCUCCCCUUCCCACCCCCCUUCCCCCAAGCCUCAGGCGCCCCAGGCAGUCUCCCACCUCUCCCCAACAUGCCCGCAGGAAACGUCCCCUUCCCCCCACCACCAGGCGGCUUCCCCCCGAACUUCCAAAUCCCAGCUCCCGGUGCUCCCGGCUUCCCGCCAAUGCCCGGUGCCAUCCCUGGCCAACCUGGUUUCAGCCCCAGUUCUACCCCCGGUAUUUCCGGUCCCCCGGGCCAAGAGGGCGGAUAUGCGCCCCCGCCUGGUGCAGGCUCAGCGGGUCUCCCCGGACCGCCACCGGGAUUGGGCGAGCCUCGUUGAUUUGUUUCGUGGAUGGAUGGGAAUGUCUAACUAUUGGGGUUUUAUGCUUGGGGUUUAUGCUGCAAAUUUAAACUAUACCUUGCCUUGCUCUUUUUAUAUUUUUCUUUUGUUAAAGGCUGUUGAGUUCUGGGAUGGACAACGUCCGGCUUCAUAA